UAUUGGCAGUGUGUGGCGCAUGGCGCGCAGCGUGGACUUGGAGAUGUCUUGGAAGCAUUACGCACGACGACACGAUAAAUGCGAAAGCCUCCUUUAGAUGGACAGGACACUGUCAAGCUGAACUGGAUUGACUCUCAACUUCUGGUUUGCUUAGCACUUCCUUCGCAGCCUCCUUAAGACGCUUUUCUCAUCCUUUCCUGACGGCGGAUGAAACUCGGAUCUCCCCCUUUACAGCGCCAGCAGCAGCAGCGGGUCUGGAUGACUUCCCCUCCUCUUAUCCUCGGUUCAGGGUGACUGUUGAGGAAUGGAAACGAUGUAAACAGCUUGGGGAGAAAACAAACUGCAGAGCAACAGUUUUUUUCAAGAGAUCCCAAAAAGAGAGGAUGAUCCCUCCGGUCAACAUGAUUCAGGACGAAAGUGGGGGCAAAGAGGACGAACGGGACCAGAAUGAGACACCCAAAUCCCCGACGGCGAACGCCAGCCAGCAGGAAACCAAGAAUACUGUGAGGCCUGAACAUCACAAGCGCAAGCUGCAGAGACUCAAGCGCUCCUUGUCCUUCAAGACCAAGAGCAUCCGCAGCAAGAGCGCAGACAACUUCUUCCGAACCAGCAGCGACAACAAGACAGAGCUGCUGUCAGACGUGAGCAGCAGCACGGGCCAUCUCUGCAACAUCGGGAUGGCCCCGCCGCACACCACCAACCUCCCCAUUCCUCCAGUCCCUCCGGCCAUCCCCUGUGCUCCUCCUCCCACAUCACGCUCCCAGACACGCAACCCCAUGCAGGUAGACUCAGCAGGACACUGCUUCAUGGAGCACAUCUUUAAGAAGCCCACGUUCUGUGACGUCUGCAACCACAUGAUCGUAGGUACAACAGCCAAGCAUGUGGUGUUCCUGGCAGGAAACACGGCAAAGCAUGGCCUCCGCUGCAAAGCCUGCAAAAUGAGCCUCCACCACAAAUGUGAGAACGGAGUGGGACAGCAACGUUGCAUGGGCAAACUGCCAAAAGGCUUUCGGCGGUACUACAGCUCUCCAUUAUUGAUCCAGGAACAGUAUGGCUGCAUCAAAGAAGUCAUGCCCAUCGCUUGUGGCAACAAGGUGGACCCUGUGUAUGAGGCCUUGAGGUUUGGGACGUCGCUUGCACAAAAAGCCAAGAGGGCCAGUGGCUCUGAGUCUCCACACAGAAACUCAACGAGUGACUUGGAUAAGGUUCCAGAGGAAGUGGUCGCUCACAGCAGUAGGCAGGAGCUGUCGAGAAAACACAGCGAUGACGUUUUCACAGUCAUUGAGAAUGGGACAGAGCAUUACCUGCAGCCAGAGAGAAAACCUAAUGAUUUGCAGUUGGAGCAGAGCCAGCUACAGAAAGAUGUCCUCAAGCUCAACACAUAUGUGGCCUUGUUCAGCUUCACGCCUCAAGACAGCCAUGACCUGGAGAUGAAUGCGGGAGACAGAAUCUUAUUGGCUGAUGACUCCAAUGAGGACUGGUGGAAGGGGGUAAUUGAGGACAGGAUCGGCUUCUUCCCAGCAGCCUAUGCUCAUCAGGUGCGAUCUGAUGACCAAGUGUUCAGAUGCAACAGGACGUUCAUCGGCUGUAAGGAGCAAGGCCAGAUCACCCUGAAGGAGGGACAGAUCUGUGUGAGCAGCGAGGGCGAACGCAGUGGCUUCAUCAGAGUGGCGAGCGGAAAGAAGAGAGGCUUCGUGCCCUGCGAUGUUCUGGAAAUCAUCUGAGACGAACACUCAGAGAAAUGAAGAGAGACAGACAGAGGGAGGGAGGUGGGCUCAGCCGCCUGGAGGUCAGAGGAGGGGGAAACUGAACCUGCAAAAUGGCUGCAAGGAACCAGUGAGGAAGUUGCCUCAUCAGAAAUUUGGAGUUUGGACGCAUAAGUGAUGCUGGGCGUGGACUUCACUUUGUUGCAGGUCAGAGUCUCUGUACCUUCUUCACUCUCCUCGCAGCACAAAGACAGACACUGAGACGACGGGCCAUUUGUUGUUCACAGAGAGACAGGAGAUCACUGUUUCACUGGAAUUGAUUUAAUUUAUAAAGCUGAUUUGUGUGUUCUUUUUCUUCCCUUUACUUUUAUCCUGCUACAAGCUGUUUGUUUUAUAAAAGUGAAACUGCCGCUGGGCUGUUUAAGCCAAAGAAAAGGAAACAAACACUUACUACAAUGAUUAUUUUUCAAGGUUUCAGCACAUACAGUACAAUGGCAUUCCUCUUAUACAUAGUUUAGUUUCUCAUGCUUUUACAUUUUGUUCCAAGCUUAAGUUGAGCUUUUACUGCAAAGUAGUUUGCAAUAGACUCCGAUAUGUCCUUGAUGUCACAAGGUGAUGGAACACUUGAGUCGGAAUAAACAGCAUAUACAAUAAAAUGAGAACAUUUAC